AUGCUCGACGUGGUGCGCGGCGUGCGGAGCGUGAGCUGGCGUGCCGGUUAUGCCACCGUCGCCGGGAGGCACGCGGCGCGACGGGAGAAGAAGAAGAAGGAUGCACCGCCCGAGACCGUCGUCAAUUUUCGCAACAUGCAGCGGCGGCGCGGCGGCGAAUUUCGCACCGACACGCGCUUCACGCCGCAUGAAAAAGGACGGGGGGUGCCGAGCUUGCGCGAGCAUCUGUACAAGGCAUCGCACGAGGUCGCAGAGCUCGCCAAGGGCGCAGACCCUGCGACUGCGUUCCACGACGCACACGCCAAACUCCAGACACGCAUGGACGAAUGGCACGCCAUCGCUCGCCGCAUUCGCAUGGCCGACCACGACGCAGACUUCCAGCCGCAGCAUGCCGCGGCCGCGUGGAACCAAGUAAUCCUCCUCGCAGUCAAGGCGGGCAUGCCGAGCGCCGCAUGGCGCACGUACUGCGAGAUGAAACGCGCUCAUGUACGCCCGACCGCACGCACCUACGCAGGCUACUUUGCGGCGCUCACGGCCAUGGUGCGCUCGCACAAGGUCGACGUCAAGGUUUCGGGCUCGUGGAUCGAGCACCUGCCAAAGCUCUACGACGGCCUCGAGCAGAUCCACGAGGCGGGCGCCUCGGUCAACCUGCCGGACCUCGACGUGUUUGGCACGCCCGCAGAGAGCGCGACAGGCGGCACGCUGCGUCCGUCCGUGGCCAAGAGCAAGUCGCGCGUCGUCCGCGAAAUGCUCAAGGAUCCCCAGGCGGUCGUUGCGGCGUACAGCGCAUACAUCUCGCUGCUCUUUGCGCUGCAGCGCCCAGACGAGGCGCUGGCCGUGUGGGACUCGGUGUGCCCAGACCCUUAUCCCGGGCGCCGGAUGGAAGAGACGGUGCCGCGCCUGCCGCGGCGCUACUUUGCCACCGCACAGACCUACACGGCCAUCCUGCGCGAUUUGGGCACGUGCCGAAUGCCGCUCAAGGCCAAGCAGCAGGCGAUCCAGGACAUUUGGGCGCGCUGGCAGUACGAUAUCCUCCAAACGACACGCGCACACUCGGCCAAGGGCGGCGAGAUCCUCGAUGCCAAGGCGGUCAAGACGCUGGUGUGGACACUCGCGAUCGGCCACCCUCCUACGGCCAAAAAGAGCAUUUGCGCGCUGCUCGGAACGUAUUGUGGCGUCGCCUUUACACGCACCCCGGCAGGGAUCCGGUACUCGGUGCCGUCGACCUGGAACGCAAUUCCAUUUACGAUCCCGGCGCUGCUGGUCGAUGUCCUCGCGUUCUUUGACCGCGAGCAGAUGUACGCCCAUGUCCUCGACUGCUACGAGCACGCGAUGGCUACCAAGUCCGAGAAAGGCGCCGUCAACCCCGAGAGCAUCCCCGAAGCGAUGCACCAUGUACGAGUAGCACAAGAAAAGCUCGCAGAGCACCUAUAG